ACCAAACCAAACCAACCACUCAUAUACAGCUAACUGAUCUGACCCCAUUUCCCAAAAUGCCUCGUUCAGCCACUCUUCUUCUCCUCUCUCUACUCCUCAUCCUCCUCACCACGACGGCCCUGGCUCACAGCGGCCACCACGACGACGACGGCGGCGGCGGCGAUGACGAUCACGACUCAACAGAAGACUCCAAAGGGUCUCUUGAUCUUCGUUCAAGGCCUUUGAUUUUGGUCAAAGUUUGGUGCUUGAUUCUCAUCUUUGUUGGGACCUUUCUUGCUGGUUUGUCUCCCUAUUUUCUGAAAUGGAACGAGGGUUUUCUGGUUCUUGGCACACAGUUCGCCGGAGGGGUUUUCCUGGGCACUGCUCUUAUGCAUUUCUUAAGCGAUGCUAAUGAGACUUUUGAGGACUUGACCGAGAAAAAAUAUCCCUUUGCCUUCAUGCUUGCUUGUUUUGGCUAUUUGUUGACUAUGCUUGCGGAUUGUGUCGUUUCUCAUGUGUUUUCUAACCAAAAUGAUCAUCGUGAUGAUUCUAAAGAGUAUCAACAACAAGGUAGUGUUGAGCAUGGAACGAAGAACAACCAUCAUACAAAUCCAGCAACAAGUGUUGCAUCAGUAGAUUCAAUAGGGGACAGUGUUUUACUAAUUGUAGCCUUAUGUUUCCACUCCAUCUUCGAAGGAAUCGCCAUUGGAGUAGCUGAGACCAAAUCAGAUGCUUGGAAAGCCUUGUGGACAAUCUCAUUACACAAAAUAUUUGCAGCCAUAGCCAUGGGAAUUGCUCUGCUCCGGAUGAUCCCCAACCGGCCUCUGCUGUCGUGCGCAGCCUAUGCGUUCGCCUUCGCCAUUUCCAGCCCUGUUGGCGUUGGAAUCGGAAUCAUCAUCGAUGCCACUACACAAGGCAAUGUGGCUGAUUGGAUCUUUGCCAUUUCAAUGGGAUUGGCUUGUGGGGUUUUCAUUUAUGUCUCAAUUAACCAUCUUUUAGCCAAAGGCUACACACCCCAUAAGCCUGUUGGUGUUGACAAGUCUCAUCUCAAGUUUUUGGCUGUGUUGCUUGGUGUUGGGGUCAUUGCUGUUGUGAUGAUUUGGGACACUUGAAACUCUCAUAUGAUACCCUAAAGAGAUGAUCCAAUUAAAUUUUUGAUGGGUGUUUCAAUGGGGUCUAUUUUUUGAUGUUGUAAAGUAGGGUUUUUGGUGUUUGAAUUCUUACUCUUAGUGCCACUUUAUAAUACCAAAGGAAUCUAUUUUUUUAAUAAGAUAAUAUGGAGAGUGAAGACAGUUUUAUAUAAGUUGUCAAGCCAAGAUAUGUAUGUUGUUGCCUUUGAGGAGGCAAUUCAGUAACAAAAUUUUGAAUCCAUAAUAAUUCUUUUUACUACUGCA